AUGUGCCCUGGUCUCUCUGCUGAUCUUCAACAGAUAGACGACUCCCGCAAGACCGCCAUCAUCAACAAGGAACUGACACGGCUUAACAUCGACGUUGCCUGUCUCCAGGAGACUCGGCUGGCCGACAGCGGCUCUCUUAGGGAAUCUGACUACACCUUCUUUUGGCGAGGCUUGUCCCAGGACAAGCCGAGGCUGCAUGGAGUAGGUUUUGCUGUGAGGAACUCGCUGCUCGCCACCACAGAAACGCCGAUUGGAGGCAGCGAAAGAAUCCUAGUCCUCCGCAUGAAGACACCUACAGGGUUUGUCAACUUCCUGUCUGUUUACGCCCCGACCCUCACAUCCAGCACAGAAGCCAAAGAUCAGUUUUACGAAGACCUGGAGGAAACAGUGUCCCAAAUACCCCGCUCCGAAAGCGUAUACCUGCUAGGUGACUUCAACGCACGCACUGGUUCCGACUGGCAAGCAUGGCCCGCCUGUCUCGGCCAUUUCGGUGUUGGCAAGUUAAAUGAGAAUGGGCAGAGACUGUUGGAACUCUGCUGCAAUCGUGGCCUCUGCAUCACCAACACCUACUUCAAGUGCAAGGAGCUGCACAAAGUUUCUUGGAGACACCCCCGGUCACGCCACUGGCACCAGCUUGACCUUGUCAUUACCAGGAGAGCUGACCUCAGCAGCGUCCUCCACACGCGAAGCUACCACAGCGCAGACUGUGACACAGAUCACUCCCUUGUUGGCAGCAAGAUCAGGCUGAAGCCUUGUAAGAUCCACCACGCCAAGACAAAGGGUCGCCCCCGCAUCAACACCUGCGCUACUGCCGACCCAGCCAAGGCUCAGAGCUUCGUCGAGACCCUUCAGGAAAAACUUGCCAACCAGCCUACAACCGAUGUCGCGGAUGCCAAAUGGUGUCACCUCCGGGAUGCUAUUUACGACUCGGCCAUGUCUGCGUUCGGAAGAAAAGCACACAAGAAUGCUGACUGGUUCGAGGCGCACUGGAAAGAAAUGCAGCCAGUCACGGAAGCUCCUGGCUUACAAGCAUAA